ACCACCGAAAUGACGACUGAAGAGUACCGGACCGUACUUCCCCGUCUACCGACAGAUGAGUCACGUCUGGAUGGUGACCUGUGCAAGCGCUUUGGCCAAGGCCAAACUCGUGACCAAAGCAGAGCUCCGCGUAAAGGGGCGCCGAUGCCUAAUCAUCGACCCGGACACCAGAGACGUCAAACUGAAACUUCUUUGGCUACCAGUUCACAUGGACAUCCAGCGUAUCGAAGAAGCACUGGCGCCUUUUGGCACGGUGCGUUCGAUUGUUAGAGAAAAAUGGCGCUGCGCCGGAAUGGAGCAGAUGGAGACGCUAAACAAAGAAGUGACGUUGACCCUUCACGAGGGAAUGAACGCGAGCCAGAUACCGCACCAGCUCACAGUGUUCGGCUGUCGAAGCUUGGUGCUCGUGCCUGGCCGCCCUCCACUGUGUCUACGAUGCUACCGAAUCGGUCACAUUCGUCGCGAGUGUAGGACCCCAAGAUGCGGUGAAUGCCGACGUUAUGGUCAUGCAACAAGUGAGUGCGUCACCACCUAUGCGGACAAGCUCCGACAAGCAAGAAGCCCAGCUGAAGAUGUCGUUUUAGAACACCUAAUGGACAUAAGCGAAGUGGUCGAUGCAACAGGAGAAGUCAUCCCUUCCAGCACCACUUCAGGGGUACAGCUGACAGCCCCGCUGCACCCACCACCUGACGUCAACCCUGAGUCGGCGACGAUCACCGCUGAAUCUGAAAAGCCUGAAUCGUUUUUGCAAGACAGCGAAUUCCCUCCUUUAAGUACGACGUCAACGGUUGCUUCACAGGAUUCAUUACAUCGACGAGAGCGCUCGACCACGUCCAGUGGAACAUCUGUCAAACGACCCGCCCCAACAUCGGAAAAAUCGUCUCAGUCUUCUACCACGGAUGUCGCGAUCGGCCACAACAGCGACGAGAGAGGCGACGCCAAACGCAGGCCAGCUGAGGUGUGUGAGCACCAUUACAGUAAGUCCACACGGCCUGCUGACGUAGUGAAGGACGGUGAUGAACUGCCCCCUUAGCUAACACCUCCCUGGCAUUUCCUCCCCUGAGCUUCGCUACCAUCAACGUCAGAGGACUGUGUUCGCGUGCACGUCAGUCCCAACUGUAUAGGGUCCUCUCAAAGGAACAGAUUGACUUUGUUGCCGUCCAGGAGACAAAGAUAUCGUCCGACGAGGACACAGCUCGUGCAUUGGACCCUUUCCUCUCAAGUUAUGAGGUAUGUGUGAGCCACGCGGAUGGCUUGUCGGGAGGGUGCCUUUUAUUCUUAAAGAAGAGACUAGAAUACUCUUCAUUUUCACAUGCUGUGGAUGAUAAGGGCAGGUUCAUAUGCUGUGAUUUUGUCUUAAAUGGUAUUUCCUGGCGUUUAAUUUGCAUUUAUGCCUACAAUGAUGUUCGACAAAGACGUUUGUUUUUUGAAAAUCUCGCCCCUUUUCUUGAAACCGACAGGCAAGUUGUUCUGUUUGGUGAUUUCAAUUGUGUCUGUAAUGUCAGUGAUAGAUCAGUGCCUCCUACAAGACCUGACAGCAGUGCUGACAUACUAAACAACCUCACAUACGACUUCCACCUAUUUGAUGUCGGUGCUUCUCAGGUUACUGCUAGUCGAUUCACUCACAUUGAUGCUUCAUGUAACGCGAGGCUUGACCGAGUUUACGUUUCAAGCCAACUUUUUUCGCAUGUGGCUACUUAUGAAGUAAAACCCAUGUCCUUUUCUGAUCAUUGCCUUGUAAAGGUUCGUAUUGGGGCAGACGUACGUAAUAAGUCACGUCCAAAAUGGGAAUUAUGGAAAUUGAACACAAGGCUUCUUGGCAGUGAUGAUUUUCAAAAACGUGUUCGUGAAUGUUUUAACAAUAUGUCAACGAACGAAAAAUUCGGCAUUUUCGCCCAAUGGGACUCAUUUAAACAAGAGGUCAAAAAU